AGCUGUCGGUUGGGAAAAUAUUACACACUGGCUCUACAUCUGGCCGCCUCUAGGGUUAGGGAAAUAUUACACACUGUCUAUACAUCUGGCCGCGUCGAGGGCUUGGAAAAUAUCACACGCACAGAUUUACUUUCUUCGUCUUGGCCGCCACUCACCAUUGUCUAACCGGAGUCUUCUCACCAUUUUACCUUUCGAUUGUGUCUUGCGCCGGAGUCUUCUCGUAAUCGUCGGAACGCAAGCGCCGGCGUCUUCUUUCGUCGUCGUCCGAACGCAACCUCUUCGUCGGACUCAACAGUAAAGUGUUAUGGCUUACAAAGGAAAAAUGAAGAUGGAUGCUGGAUCAUUUUGCAUACCCAAGAACCUGACUCCUCCAGGGGAGGAUGCUCAUUUUAUUUGUUCUGAGAAGAACACAAUUGGAGUUGCAGAUGGCGUUGGAGGUUGGAGGAAGAAGGGUGUGGACGCGGGCCAUUAUGCGCGACGAUUAAUGGCUAAUACUGUGAGAGAAAUUGAUGAUCAAACUGAAGGACCUAUUGAUCCAAUGAGUGUCUUGUAUGAAGCUUUCUUCCAAACUAAGCUCAAAGGAUCAUCCACUGCAUGCAUUAUAACCCUCACAGGCAAUAACUUGCAUGCUGCUAACAUUGGAGAUAGUGGAUUUUUGCUGCUAAGAGGUGGUGAAGUUGUAUACAAAUCACCAGUGCAGCAGCGUAGAUUUAACUGCCCAUAUCAGCUUGGAAGGAGAAAUGAUUCCCCCAGCUCAGCGCAGGAGCUCACUGUUUCAGUUAAACUCGACGAUGUCGUUGUUGCUGGAAGUGAUGGGCUGUUUGACAAUAUGCAUACAAAUGAAAUUGAAGAAUUGGUGAAACAAUGUAUGGAAGAAGAGAGCACCCCACAACAAUUAGCUUGGUCUCUAGCAUGGUUUGCUCAUAGUUGUUCUCUCGACAAAUUAAAUUCUAGUCCAUUCGAAAUAGCUGCUGAAGAGGCAGGAAUGGAAUACAUAGGAGGCAAUGUGUUGCCAUCAUCUGCUUGUUCUUCCUCAUCGUCUCCAUCAAGAAACAGCUGGGUUCCAACUUUUGCAGCAAUACCUGAUGUUACAUGCUGAUCUAUCAGGUGCCACAUCCUGAUAUUCUUCUGCUUGUCCAACUGGGACUUGCAUGCUACUUUUGUGGAUCAGAAUCUCUAGUCUUCUCUUCCCCGCCUGCAGUUGUUUGCUCCAGUCUUUCAUACUCAGAAGCUGAAGAAGCAACAUUGUUACUUGCCACUGGUUCUCCAUUAUCAUCUAUGAUUGGGCUUUCAUUUAUAUAAGAUGGUGGACAACUUAAACAAUCAAGCUCCACCGUUUUACCACUCAAUUCAGAGCCAGUUUUGAGAAUCCCCAAGUUGAAACUCGAAACUGUAUCUUUGAUUCUUCAUGGACUUCUUUUUCAUCCACAAGAACUUUCAAACCGGUGAAGCUCAAAGUGUCAUCUGAUUGAGAAACUUCAACUGCGGACGUGCAAAUAAUCACUCACAUCAGAAUGUUCAUCUGCGACGAUGGAAUUAUCAUCCCCAUUAUCAAGAUUGGAUACAAUAAUUUCCUCCGUCUUCGUGCCUGGAUCAGUGGCUCCAGAAACAGAUGUAUAACAUUCAUCACUAAUAGCCUUUGUCACCUUAACAUGCUGUUCUUCUGAUGGUGGAACCACUGUUUCAAAAGCUUUUACAAGCAAUGCCACUUUUCUGAGUUGGAGCCAGUUCACUAACUACCUGCCGAGUUGCAUAAUCAAGCACUCGGAAGUGGGUCUCAAUCUUCCGGUUCAUCACCCUUUUCCGGAUGGGGAGGAAGUAGUUUUGGGUCUCGAUAUUCUGGUGUGUGAUCCUUCUUCAACGAAAGCAAAAGCCUCAAUGCACUUAUAAAGAUGCCUUUGUUCAAGAAGUUGGAGCUAGCAGGGGUGCUUCCAUUGACUGGGAUGCGCUGACUGAUGAUAUUCGUAGUUUCUUUAACUGCCGAAGGAAUUCUGGUACUUGCAAGUAUUAUUACAAUUUGCUCCAAGAUCUUGUCCACAAGAUCUCGUCCGAUCAUUCCUCAAUUAAAUGAGCAUUCGCGCAGAGAAUAAGCUUCUGAAGCUAAAAGAAUGAAUGAGUUGAGAUACCGACUGUACCCGAUUAAAUCAUGAAGAGAGUGCUGGCUCUCUUCUUCUAGGCUGCUGUUGCGGAUAUGGUUUUACUUUUAUUUUGUUUCAUUUUGAUGUGAUUGGUUGCUAGCUCAUGUUGGUUGCUAUGGGUGUUCUUUUGUUUCAUUUUGAUGUAUUUUUCUCUUACGAGUCCCGGACCCUAUUUAGGACACUUGUAGCCGGGUGUAUAAUUGCAUUUAAGGGUUUGGAGUGUACAAGAGAAACACGAGGGACUUUGGGAGAGUGAGAAAAAGAGUUUAGGGUUUGAAGGUUGAAACUUGUAAUUUCUUGAUUUUUGCAUAAUAAAAUUUUUUUGUCAUA